CCUAAUAAAUCCUUAUUUUCUUGUUUUUCCGAUGAACUGCGUGGGCAAUGAUGUCGUCGAUGAAGCACUUGACAUGGAUUCUGCUGCUACAUCACCUCUGUUGUAUAGACUCGCUGGCAUAAACAUGAACGAAGUCCAUCAAAGUGUAGUCUCCUAAAGUUUCAGAAAUCUACAUUAAGAUGCAGGAUUUUACGGUCAACAGCUUAUUCUCCAAACAUUCUGAAGGUUCCAGUGGGGGUCGAAGGAUGUCCUUUGAAUAUAAAAGUUUACCAAAUCAGAAGCUCCUCGAUGCACAGUUACAGAGUUUGGACUAUGAUGUAUGUGAAAAUGCCUUAUACCAAAAAGAUGAGAGAUCUAAGAGCUUUCAGAUGGUUAUCAGGAAGCAGGUUGCCAGAUGGAUAGUCAUGUUCCUGAUUGGUGUCUUCACGGCAUUGAUUGCCUGUUUCAUUGAUGUCAUCAUAGAUCAACUGGCAUUGCUCAAAUUCAUUGUCAUCAAAAAGAAUGUUGAUCAGUGUGUGGCUGAUGGUUGCCUAGCUAUUUCCAUGGCUCUGUGGGCUGCACUGAAUGCAGGAGCAGUUCUAAUUGCUUCGUGCUUAGUGGUCUUAGGAGAGCCAGUUGCUGCUGGGAGUGGAAUUCCCCAGAUCAAGUGUUUUUUAAAUGGCAUCAAGAUUCCCCAUGUGGUGCGGAUCAAAACUCUUGUGUGUAAGGUGUUAGGAGUAGCAUUUUCUGUGGUUGGAGGCUUAGCAGUGGGGAAGGAAGGACCAAUGAUACACUCUGGUGCUGUAAUUGCUGCUGGUGUUUCGCAAGGCAGAUCAACAACAUUUAGGCUGGACCUAAAGCUGUUUGAAUAUUUCCGAGCCGAUACAGAAAAGCGCGACUUUGUAUCUGGAGGAGCAGCUGCUGGAGUAGCUGCAGCAUUUGGGGCUCCUGUUGGGGGUGUAUUGUUCAGUUUGGAAGAGGGCGCUAGCUUUUGGAAUCAAUCGCUUACUUGGAGAAUAUUUUUUGCCUCUAUGAUCUCUACCUUCACCCUAAAUGUUGUGCUGAGUUAUUACCAUGGGCAUCCUUGGGAUCUUUCCUACCCUGGCCUCAUCAACUUUGGAAAAUUCGGAGAGAGUCUUGGAUAUAAUGGAGAAGAAAUUCCAAUAUUCAUCGUAAUGGGUGUCAUAGGUGGACUGCUUGGAGCCCUUUUCAACUUUGUGAACUACAAGUUAUCAGUUUUUCGAAUCAAAUGUGUUUAUCGUAAAUGGACUCAGAUAUUUGAAGCACUUUUAGUGGGCAUCAUGACUGCUGUACUAGCUUUUGUUCUCAUCUAUACAGUCAAUACAUGUCAACCAUUAGGAAAAGAUCCAACGGAAAAUCCGCUACAGUUUUUCUGUAGUGAUGGGGAAUACAACACCAUGGCAUCACUUUUUUUCCAAACUCCUGAAGCGAGUGUUAAAAGUCUGUUUCAUGACCAGAAAGGAUCUUAUGAUGUAUUGACAUUGGUGCUGUUCUUCCUGGCGUAUUUCCUGCUGUCGUGUUGGACUUAUGGCCUGAUGGUCCCAAGUGGUCUCUUCAUUCCUUGUUUAUUGACCGGAGCUGCAUGGGGGAGGCUCGUAGGAAUUGGGCUCACAGUAAUGUUCCCAAAUGCACCAUGGAUAGAUCACGGGAAAUUUGCUGUACUUGGAGCAGCAGCACAACUUGGCGGUGUUGUGCGUAUGACAAUAAGCUUGACAGUGAUACUUAUUGAGGCGACAGGCAAUAUCACUUUUGGUAUGCCUAUCAUGGUGGUGCUGAUGGUUGCCAAAUGGGUUGGUGACUAUUUCAAUGAGGGGAUCUAUGACAUCCAUGUACAGUUGGCAAGUGUACCUAUUUUGUGUUGGGAUCCACCUCCAAUAUCAUCCAAUAUAUCUGCAAAAGAAGUAAUGAGUCAUCCUGUCACCACACUUAGGACGGUUGAAAAUGUUGGUAGAAUCGUGGACAUCUUGAAAACAGAACAUUGUCAUGGCUUCCCUGUGGUGGAAGAAUUUGAUCCAGAAGAGUGCCAUACAGAAACAUUCGGGACGUUCAGGGGUCUAAUUCUGAGAUCACAGUUGAUAGUUCUGUUACAUAAAAAGGCAUUUAGUGACACAGCAAAUGGUAGAAGAAUACAAAACAAGCUUCGGUUAGAGGACUUCAGGGAAGCCUAUCCGCGAUUUCCCCCUAUUGAGAAAAUUCCCAUAUCACGAUUGGAUGAAGAAUGCACAUUAGAUUUACGACCAUUCAUGAAUCCUGCACCAUACCUUGUGUUAGAUACAACUUCUUUACCAAGAAUCUUCAAAAUGUUCCGAGGCUUGGGAUUGAGGCAUCUUGUUGUAGUAAAUGAGUAUAAUCAGGUCAUUGGUAUAGUGACGAGAAAAGACUUGGCUCGGUACAGAGUAUGGAAACAUCGAGGGCGUAUGGGUCUCGAAGAAUUGCAGAUAUCACACGGGUACUUCCUAGAUGAUGAGGAUAUGUAUAACUAAAACAGCUGUGCACAUAGCUAUGGCUGAAAUAGACCUUAGAUUAUCUUUUAUAGCCCACCUCUGGGGAGCCUUUACGCUACCAUGGAGUGUGUUGCAUCUUCAUCGUUUUCUGGUAGCAGAGUAUGUUUCAUAACCACUGGGGCUAGAUUACUGAAACUUAGCAUGAUGGAAGCUUUUGGCAAUAUGCCCAAACUUGAUUUUUCUUUUUUGUUAUUUGACAUAUACUGUCUGAUUUCCAGAGGGCCAUCUUGAAAAUACAUUUUUUUGCCAUUUUGAAGCUCAUUGUUAUCAGCAACAAAAUAUUCAUGAUGAGUGCAUGUAAAUGAUCCAUCUCAUAUCAAACAGGAUUUUGAUUUGAAGGUCACAGAGGAAAAACUAACAAGUCUGGAAAGGUGGCACAUUUCUUACUAUUUGAAGAAGACUCUUAAUGUGAUAUGAAGACACAUAUUAGGCAUCUCUACAUGUUGACAAAGAUUUAGGUCAAUGUGAGCUACUUUUUAGCUCACCUGUCAGGUGAGCUAAUACGAUACCGCGGCGUCUGGCGUCCGUCGUCGUCGUCGUCCGUCGUUAACUUUUGACAAAAUCGUGGCACGUUUCUUAACCGCUUGACCCAGAAAGUUCAUACUUAUUCAUGUUCAAGUUCAUACUGGUCUGCCAUAUAGGGGGUGCUCUUUGAAAACCUUUUUUUGUCAUUUUGAAGCUUAUGGUUAAAGCUAGAGCGAUGAAAAUUUUAUGGUGGGUGUAUCUAAUAAAGGUACAUCACAUAUCACACGGGUUUUUGAUUUGACCUUCAUUUCAAGGUCACAGAGGUCGAACCCUAAAAUUUCUUUGAUCAUGGCACGUUUUUUUGCUAUUGGUCAUAGACUCUCUAAAUUUGAUAUGUAGACACCUAUUGGGCAUCUCUACAUGUUGACACAGAUUUAGGUCAGUGUGACCUACUAUUCAGGUAUAAGUAGGUCAAGGUUAAAAAAGCCCAUUUUCUUUAUUCCAGCAGAUUGAAGUUUGAAAUGAAAUUUUAGAGGUCGGCCUGAUAUAGAGGUUUCGAUAGUAAAUAGAUUAAUUUCUUUUCAUAUCACUAGGUGGCGGUAUUGUGCAAAAAUGUCAGUUGGCACAUUGCCAGCAGUUUUGAAUUUCGCAGUUCGAGGCAAUCCGUCGGGGUAUCCCAGAUGCGCAGUGUUGUACUGCGCCACUAGAUACACAAGUUAAUGGUUUAUAAUCACCCAGACGCUACUCAUUAGGUAAACCUCUACUAAAAACACUUGCUUUAAUUUUUGUAAACAUGUCACGAGUGCUUAAAAAGAACCAUUUUUGUGAUCGUUUUUCGUCGCUGUAGAAAUGUACACAGUCAGAGUCAGUCAGUGUGUCAACACAACAACGGUGUUAGUAUACACAUGAAUCCAUGAUAGUCGGAGACACGAAUGUAAACAUUUGCCUGUUGGGUCGGAAGGAGUUCACCGUUACCGAUCACUGCCCCAAGAAAGGUCAUCUGAGCUGAUUGACUAAAGUAGACGAUGAUAAUGAUGAAAAUGUAGCACAGCUGUCAUCAGUGCUUUUAUAGUUAGGCCUAUAGUCGGAUUAAUAAGUAAAUGUCACUGACUGCCCUUUUGGGUCGCUGUGCAAAAACUAUUGGGCCGAUUUCUUCAAAGUUUUGUUUUUCUUGAAUCUAAUUUCGGGACCCAACACAAUUUCCAGGUGAGAGAUUUGCAAAUUUUAAAGAAAAAAAUUGUCAACUUUGGAGCCCUUUGGCCAUUUUGGGGGAAUCUGGAGGUCCCGAUUUUUUUUUAUGGAUAGUUCUAAAUGAAACUUGGCAGCUUUAAAGAUACACACGAAAAAAAAUUAACCUGAACAUUUCAGCCAAAUGCAUCCAGAAAUAAGCAGUACAGAGGAGAAAAUGUCAAAAUCAAUACACUACGUCAAUGUACACCAAUACAUACAAAAAAAAUUAUUUCGUAACCAUGGUUACUGAAAUAUGAAAAUCCUCUUGGGUCCCGAAAUUAGAUUCAAGAAAAACCAAACUUUGAAGAAAUCGGCCCAGUAGUUUUUGCGCAGCGGCCCAAAAGGGCAGUGACAUUUACUAAUGAAUCCGACUAUAGGGCUGUCUUGUAACUAUGUUAUUGUCUCAAAAAUGAAUACAAACUGCUACCUAGUUACUCAGUACAUCAUAUUCUAUACUGUGCAUUCCUUGCUUCAAUUGUUCUUGUAUCAUAUUUUUGGCUCACCAUAAGGGGAGUCUAUAUGAUAGCGCUGUGUCCGUCGUCGUCGUCGUCGUCGUCGUUGUUGUCGUCGUCGUCGUCGUCGUCGUAUCCUAACAGUGGCACGUUUCUUUACUGCUAGGGCUAUGAACUUGAAACUUUGUACACAUAAUGCCCUAGGUCAGCUGACCUCUGACACUGAUUUUCGGUCCGAUCUGAUUCUCUGUUUGGCCACCAGGGGGCCAAAUGUCGAUAUCUAAAAAGUGUGAUAUCUCGCUUAUUAGUGACUUGUUUUCGAUAAAACUUUUGUUGUAGGUACUCAUAGCAAAUAUACAUUUUAUAUUAUACGGGUUUUUAAUUUGACCUUGCUUUCAAGGUCACAGAGGUCAUAUGGCGUAAAUUGGCCAUUAGAGUGUAAACUAUGGCACGUUUCUUAACCACUAAAGCUAUGAACUUGAAACUUGGUACAUAUAACCCCCUAUAUCACAUAGCCUCUGGUGCAUAUAAUUUGGUUCGAUCUGAUUCCUAACUUUGCCACCAGGGGGCCAAAAGUGGAAAUCUAAAAAGUGUGAUAUCUCGCUUAUAAGUGAUUUGUUUUCGAUAAAACUUUUGUUGUAGGUACUCCUAGCAAAUAUACAUUUUAUAUUAUACGGGUUUUUAAUUUGACCUUGCUUUCAAGGUCACAGAGGUCAUAUGGCGUAAAUUGGCCGUUAGAGAGUAAACUAUGGCAUGUUUCUUAACCAGUAAAGCUAUGAACUUGAAACUUGGUGCAUAUAACCCCCUACAUCAGAUAACCUCUGAUGCCAAAUUUUGGCCCGAUCUGAUUCUUUAUUCCGCCACCAGGGGGCCAUAAUGGAAAAAGUAAGAAGUGCAAUAUCUUGCUUAUUUUUAGUGAUUCGUUUUCAAUAGCAUUUUUAUGGUAGGUUCUCCUAGCAAGGAUACAUCACAUAUCAUAUGAGUUUUUGAUCUGACCUGCUUUUCAAGGUCACAGAGGUCAAAUGGCGUAAAUUGGUCAUUUGAUUGUUACUAUGGCACAUUUCUUAACCACUAAAGCUUUGAAAUUGAAAUUUGAUACACAUGACUCCCUACGUCAUGUAACACCGAAUUUCGAUCUGAUCUGGUACUCAACUCGGCCACCAGGAGGCCAAAACUAAAAUAGGUAAAAAGUGCAAUAUCUUGUUUAUUAGAGACUUGUUUUUGAUGAUAUUCUUAUGGUACUUACUCCAAGCAACGAUACAUCACAUGUCAAGCCGAAGCUAAAUACUCCUUCAAGAUAGCGUAAUCACACGCAAUUCCUCAGGUACAUCCCAUUCAUUUGAAAUUUCGGCCAAUGACAGCAGGUUUUAUAAAAUGUAAAUGCGCUGUUUAUUUUCAAUAGUCACUGAAUAGCUAAGACACAUGUAAACCCGUCUUAAUUGGCCAGAAAACAUCUCUCAGCUUCUCCCACAAAUAACGAUUCACUUAUUCCAACGUCAGUAACAUGUGCACGCGGAAAACAAUACGACUAACUCCACUUUUUCAAGACAAACCACACCAUCCCACAACUAUUGCAUGAUUAACCCCAAACAGUGACAAGUUCUUCCUCAUACUCUCCCUUUCAUAUCGACAGGUGAGCACAAUGGCCCUGGCCAUUUCAUUAUUAUUUGGUUAACCCUUUCAGUGCCAGCCUUGCAUAAGCCUAUGUACUGCCCUGUGCCUGGUUUGCAAGAGUUUUUCAGGGUUUUGUAAACCAUGUUGAAAUGCUAAAUAAAGCAAUAAAACCUAUAUAUUA